AUAAAACAACGCCGAUGUCGAUCAUUGGACAGACUCCGUGCCACAUAACAGUCUGAGCCAUCGUCCUGUUCGUCCGCGGCGGUUUUGUGCUCCUCGAAGAGUGUUUUCAUUAAGGUUUCCUUUUCAUAGAUUCACGCGAACAGUUAGAUGAGUGGAAAGCAUAAAACAAUCCAGAAAUAAUCUUGGAUAACAAGGAUAAAUUUAUAUUCCUUGCUUCCAGUAAGGCAAAAAGUGUUUGUGUGUGAUUUAUGGCAUUUUUUUCAACGAAAAGUGAAAAACAAAAAUCUGACAACAGACAAGCAAGGCGUCGUAACACAGUACCAUUCCAUUGAUAAAGAAUCGCAAGAAUCAAAAAAAAAUUGUGUACAUCCCUGCGUUUGACCAACUGAUAUAUAAUUGUUCCUGUGUAUUGUACGAGAAGCUUCGCUACUGUUGGUCCCGCUCAGUACAGCACAAUCCGAGGAAGGAAUCAUAAGAAGAUGAACAUCCUGGUAAUAUCGUUCCUGGCCCUGGCAUCACUGUCCACCUUUCCCACGCAGACACUCGGAGCGGCAGCAUCAGCAGCAGCCGCCGAUGUGACCGGUCCGAAGAAAUCGCUAGCGGCCGCCGAAGCAGCCCUGCCCAUCAACGACAAUGGUCUGAAGGAGAUCUGGCAGGAGGACGACCGCGAAGUGCUGAUCCGAAACGAACGGGGCACCAAAAACGGCGGAAGUGCCGGCGCCUCGGGUAAGAAAGACCGCAAAAAAGACAAACUCAACUCCAACUCCUCAUCAUCAUCAUCUUCAACUACAUCACCAUCAUCCUCCUCGGCCUCGUCCACCCUCCAGAAACUCAAACAACAAAACACAAAAUCUAAAUCCGACAACACUAAACAGCAGGCGCAGAAUUCGCAAUGCCGAUACACCAAGGGACCAUGGACCGAGUGCGACGCCAAGUCCAACACUCGCUCCCGGGAGCUGUCGCUGAAGAAGGGUGAACCGUCAUGCGUGCAGACCCGCACCAUCCAGAAGAAGUGCAAAAAAGCAUGCCGUUACGACAAAGGAGCCUGGUCCGAGUGUGCCCCCAAUGGACAGAUGUCCCGUACCGAUAGUCUGAAGUCGAGCAGCGAUGCCACCUGCCAGUCGCCGCGAGUAGUCAACAAGAACUGCAAUCAGGGCAAGUCGAAAGACAAACAGAACAAACCGGCCAAAACCGAGAAGAAAGAGAAAGCUCGCAAAUGGAGGCGAAAAUUCGUGAAGCUGUACAAUAAGGCCGGCAAAGAGAAUAUGGUAGCACAACGAUAGGCCUCCGCAAGAAUCGCCAGUAAGAUGCAGUAUGUGCGUUUCUUUUAAUAAAUCAUCGUCACCUUCAUACCAACCACACAAACACACACAUACACACGCAAUCAUCGUUCAACUUCCACACAACAAAAUCAUGCGGCAAAACUAGUGCUCGGAAUCGCACGGACAACGUUUCGCCCGAGAGUUGCCCAAAUUAGCAUCUUCCAUUUAAACACAACAGCUUCAGGAGGCAAACUCAAUACAAAUAGAGACUAAGCUGCUACAGCAGGAAAUGUUGCGAGUCAACGAAAUCAAAUAUCUGUGAGAUCUUAAGAUGCACAGCGAAACACACAAUAUACGAAAACACACGAACACCUAUACACAAUAUAUGACAUGCUCAGCUCAUAAACAUAAACACACCCACAGAAUCGAAAUGACAACAAGUUGCGAACGCAAACUUGCACGGUUCAAUACAGCCAGAACUCACAUUCAUAUAUUCGUUUUAAAAAUUGACAUUUGUAAAGUAAGUAAACUUAAACAAGUUUAUUAAGUUGAAUUAAAAAGAAUAAAAAACGAUUGAGAAAGGAGCCGAACAUAACUUACGUGUUGAAUAAAACUAAUUAUAGCUAUUGAACAGAAAAGUGAAGCGGAGUCAGACCCCAUUUGUAUAACAAAAAAUAACAGGAAGCAGAACCGCAUUCGCAGAAAAAAAAACUGUGGAUCUGUAGGAAGGAGUUGAAUAAAUUCGAUAAACUUAUCGAAGAGCAAAUCAACGACAAAAAUGAAUUUGAAACAAGCCGUAAUCAAAGUUAAAACUGAACAAAAAAAAUAACAGGAAAUUUUCUGCUGAAAGCGAGCCAACCCUAAAAAUGCUAUUCUUGAGCCAGAUAUACAAAACAGCAAGAAGACGAGCCAUUUCUCAAAUUGAUUCCAUUACCUAAUUAGAGUAGACGAUGCUAAGCCAAGUUAUAGAGAAAUUGUAAAAUUUUACUAUAGUAAUGUGUAUAUCCAAUAUCCAAAGCACCCGAUAUUUAGAACCAGCCAUUUUUCAUGUUCGAUUCGUAGACCCUCUUUUUGGUUGGCCAAACAUAACUAUAUAAAAGUAGAUCCAAAUUUAAAAUAGCAAACGAAACAGCGAAAUCAAAACAAUUUACUGAUCAAAAUAGCGAAAGUUUCAUUCAAUCCCAAUCCCGUCGACAAAUAGCUCUUGUAUGUUUGAUGUUCAGCGUUAAAAUUUAAUUAUUUCACCAUUAAACUACAAAUGACCUUACUAACAUAGCAAACACAAAACAGAAAUUGAGGUGUAAAUCUGUGUUUUCGAGUUCGAAGAAGGCUAAAAAAGAGCUAAAAAAGAUAAAAGGAUUCAUGGAUUACGUGUUUUAGAUAAACAAAUAAACGGAAUAAAGAGAUACACUCGAGCGUACAAGACGAAGUCGGAAAGUUGGUUCUGAAGCCCGAAUAUUGCCGAACGGAUCGAAAAUAAAAACCGGUGGAAAAGCAUAAAGCCGUAGCAGAGAAGGGUUGACGGAAAUCUGGAAACAACUAGAUAAAUAUUUAUAGACAGGAGGAAUAAAGAAGCAGACAACAUAUACAAAUAUUCUAAGUAUUAUUAUUACUGUAAAAAAAACAUGUCUCAUUCUAAACAAUAGAAAUGGAGAAGCAAACGUGAAACCAAAAAUUAUUACGAAAAAUUCGACGAAUAUGUGCUCUCUGUUCAAAAUAUUUCCGCAGGUUCAUUACCUGCAUUACCUUGAAAGUAUUUUGAGUUUUGCUUGUGCUUUUGUGUUUCAGCAGAAAACGGAAAUAUUCCACCUUCAUGUGCUAUGACAUCUCCACUUUUCGACCGUUCGAUACUUCGAGGAGUAUACAUACUGUUCCAUACAUUGAUUUUGAUUCUGCUCAUUAUUAAAAGCAUAUACAAUAACUGUAGAUUUAAAAUAUCAAAUUUCUUAAUAAAACAUAUUCUUUUGUGAUAUGUUGUAA